GCGGCGAGGGGGGGAAUUGGACAUGCUUUGGCACUUGACUUCAAGAAUCAAGGACACAUGGUCUACACCACUCUUCUCGCCCAUGAGCCACGGGACCAUUUGACCGAUCUCGGAAUACACUCGUUCACGGCGGAUGUUACGAAGGACAGUGACAUUGAGCAGUUGAAGGAGACCAUUUCAAGCUUGACAGAUGGCAGCCUGAAUGUGCUUGUUAAUAAUGCAGGAAUAUGUUAUACGAUGACCGCAAUCGAUACAGAUGUGAAAGAGGUAGAGAAGAUGUUUGGUGUCAAUGUUUUCGGACCGAUGCGAAUGGUCCGCAUCUUCCACCCUCUACUUAUCAAAGCCAGGGGGAAGAUUGUCAACAUUGGCAGCGUGGGCGCUAGCUACAAUGCCACCAAGGCCGCUCUCCAUCACUGGGGCAACACUUUAAGAGUCGAGAUGAAGCCGCUCGGCGUUGAAGUAGUUAAUGUUAUCUCCGGAGAAGUGGGCACAAACAUCUUGAAACGGGAUAACAAUCGCAAACUACCAGAGGACUCGUUUUACGGCCCGCUCGAGAAGGAGUUCGUGAACCAUGUCACAAGAACACCUCGCACUACUACACCCGCGGAGUAUGCCCGGUCCGUCGUCUCUGAAGUGAUGAAGCAACACUCGACUGCUUGGUUCUGGACAGGAGCCAGCUCGGGGAUUGUAAGAUUUGGGGAGCAAUUUUUUCCUCGCACGCUUUGGGACUGGAUAUUUACUCGACAAUUCAAGUUGAACAAGCUCAGCAAGUGA